AUGGCUGACAAUAGUGCGCCGACGACCUCUAUUGAGGAAUUUGUUCAGACGAAGUUCGACUAUAUUAUCUGUGGUGGUGGAACUGCUGGUCUCGCUGUUGCGGCGCGACUAAGUGAGAAUCCCGAUGUCACAGUUGGCGUAAUUGAGGCAGGAAAGUAUCGCAUCGGCGAUCCCCUGGUUGAUUGUCCGGCUGCUUUCCUUGGAAUGUUUGAGGACCCAGAGUACGAUUGGUGUUUGUACUCGGAGCCGCAGGAAGGUAACAAGGGUCGACGCCAUCAUAUCCCACGAGGAAAGCUCCUUGGAGGCUCCUCCGGCAUCAAUUAUAUGAUGUACGUACGUGGCUCGACACAAGAUUACAAUGACUGGGCUGAGCUCGCCGAAGAUGAGGGCUGGUCGGCGGAGAUCAUGCAGAGAUACAUGCGCAAGCACCAGACCCUUGAGCCCAUUGACCCCUCAAUCAAAGACACAUCCACGAUGCCUUUUGUCGGCGAAUUCCACGGCACUAGCGGGCCCGUUCGAACAAGUUUCAACGACAGUCUCAUCCCAGUGGAAACCGACAUCAUCAAAGCCUGCGACGAGGUAACCGGCUACAGCAAAAAGCCCCUCGACCCCUGGAGCGGCGAUCACAUCGGAUUCUACAACACGCUCGGCUUGAUUGCACGCACUGGCCCAAAUAAGGGCAAACGCAGCUACGCAGCACGAGGAUACUACGAAAACAACCGAGCCACCCGUCCCAACCUAAAAGUCCUCUGCUCAGCACUCGUAAACAAGGUCGUUCUCGAAGGCAACAAAGCAGUCGGUGUCAACUUCACCCACAACGACCAAGAACACACCAUCACCACGAACCGCGAAAUCAUCGUCUCCGGUGGCACUCUCAAAUCACCACAAAUCCUCGAACUCUCAGGAAUCGGCGAUCCAGACGUCCUCAAAGCGGCAGGCGUCGAGUGCAAGGUCGCUAACCCGGCCAUCGGAAAUAACCUCCAAGACCACCCGAUCACAUUCGCGGGAUACGAAACCCAGCCCGACAUCAUGACGCUGGACUCGCUGUACCAGAAUCCCGAACUGAUGGCCGCCGCGCAGAAGCAGUAUGCGGAAACUCAGAGCGGAGUCCUCAGUUGUGCUUCGACUAUGCAGGGCUUUUUCUCGGCGAAGAGUAUCUUGUCCGAGGCUGAGCUUGAAGAAGUGGUGCAGAGUAUUCGCGACGUGAAGCCUACCAGUGCGUUUCAUCAGAAACAAUUGGAGCAGGUCAUCGCUCAUCUCCAGAGUGAUAUUUCUGCGAAUUUGCAAAUGGUUCUCGUUCCUGUUACGGCGCAAAUUGACGGAAUCGAGCACCAACGUAACCUUUUCCCGCCUGCUAAUCCGAAUAGACCAGCUGGGGUGACUUUCGCGCUUUGUCUUCAAUAUCCCGUAGCGCGUGGCUAUGUGCAUAUUGAAAGUGCCGAUCCAACCAAACCCCCCAAAAUCAACCCCAACUACGGCGGCCACGAAGCCGACAUCACCAUCCUAGGCGCCGCCUUCCGCUGGGUCAACAAAGUCCGCCAAUCAUCGCACGUAGCAAACUCGCUCGCAGCACGUACAUUCCCCGCACCGGAUGUCGACCUGACCGAUCUAUCGCAGUGCAAGGAACAAGUACACGAAGCGGUCCUGGGCGAGUAUCAUGUCUGCGGUUCUGUUGCGCUGGGUGAUGCGCUGGACUCGCGAUUGCGGGUGAAGGGGGUGGAAGGGUUGAGGGUUGCGGAUGCGUCGGUGUUUCCGAAUAAUGUUAGUGGAAAUAUUGUUAGUUCUGUUUAUAGUAUUGCGGAGAAGUGUGCGGAUUUGAUUAAGGAGGAUUGGGACUUUGCGCCGUUGAAGUAG